GUUCUAAAUUGUUGUCCUUAGAGAUAAUGUGUAAAUAUAUUAGAAAUUUAAUAUAAGUAGCUAUAUAGUGUUCAAAUAAUACAAUACUUUAGUUAUUUAAAGAGAAAAGAUUCGCUCAACCUCGACAAUGUCACUGAUAUUUUGUGUAUUGGAAUAUUCAUAUGUGCCAUCACCACUGAUAAAUUAAAAAAAUGGUCAGCUUAUUUGAUAUUUGUCUGGAAUAAUUUAAUCUGGUCAAGUUAUGGGCUGUAAGAACAGCACCUCCACAAAAGUAGAACCGUUUCAUCAAACAAGAGAGAACGGUGUUAUACCUACUGCGCAUCAAAACGGACACAUCCCCUCUUCCAAAAUAGUGGACACACCUAGAGAGACAUUGGAUCAACUACCUAAUCAGAAGGAUUCGUACGUAAAUAAUGCUGGUAAAGAUACUAGGAUAUUAGAGAACCAAACGGAACAGACUCAGAACGAUGCAGAACAUACGGAAGAGGAACCAGAUGAAACAACUGUACAGCCGAUCUCAAUAAAUCAAGAUACCGUAACCUCAGGAGAACACCCGAACGAGACAGGAACAAAAAACGAAAACCAGAGCGAAACUGGAACACCUCGUGAUCAGACAGCAAGAUCAUCCGGUGAUCAGAGUCAACGCUCUACUAGUAGGGAGCCCGUUGUAGUACCAACAAUGUCAAUGGCAGAGGAAGAUCUACUACGGACUAAUUAUACAAUUAAGGACAUCUCGAUUCAUAACCAGUCAAAGGGAUUAAUAGAUAUAUUUCCUCAUAGAAAAAAUGUGUACUCGACUGCUAAAUUUAAAGACGCCAUGAAAAAUGUGGUAAUACAGAAAUAUGAGAAAUUUAAAGAGGAGGAAAAGAAAGUUGAUGAUUACGACUAUAACAGUGAUUUUUAUGAAACCUGGAAGAGAUCUCCAAUCUUUUUAGUUUUAUUCAAAUAUACAAAAAUGUAUUUAAGAUUUUCAGACAUUAAAACUGUGCUACCAUCGUGUAAAGUGGCGAACGUUCUUGAUAACGAUGACUUUUUUAUGGAUAUAAUAACAGAUUCUACCUUAAUUCUAGAUGAUUUAAAAGGCGAUUCAAAAAUAACUGAAUGCAAAAAGGAAUACCGAGACUUAUUACAAAGAUUCUUAGAUAUUUGUAAUAAAUUAACGACUGGAGACGAUAGUUUCAACGAUUCACUUGAACCUAAUGGACGCACUGAUGGACGUGUGUCUAAUAUGAAAGGACAGGAUCCGAACACAAUAGAAUUCCCGAUAGCAGACAUAAUACAAGCGGACUUAACCGUUCUACGCAAAUGGAUAGAAAAAUGGGAACCCUUCGAUACGGAAGUGCCUUCCGAAGGGGCAUGGCCAAUACUUCCGGACAAAGUUGUAAAUGCGCUAACUGAUCUUAUAGAACUUCAAGACUUUUGUAGGGUUUCCUCGGACGGACUCCCGGGUUUUGACUUUACAAUCGAUGGAGAAGUAGCUUGGCCUGUGAUUGAACUCGACAUUGUGAAAAACGAUAAAUCAACUGAAGAACAGGAAAAAGUGUGGCGAUCUCGUGAAUAUCGGACAGAUCUUAACGAUCCUACGUUUUUGUUGAGUAGGCAAACUAGACUUGAAAUGUAUUUUAUUAACAAGUAUGAAUGGGAUAGUUCGAAAUUAGAUCCAUAUCGAGGCUUUACAACAAGACUUCAAAGAGGAUGGAAAGAAUUCCAGGCUCUUGCUGAAACAGAGGAAUUUACAGUUAUACCAGAGGACGAGUAUUAAAAUAUUUGAAAAAUGCCAUUUUAAAUUUAUUUUUUCUGUAACAUAUUCCGUCGUUCUUUGGAGCCUUUUUCAUUGAGUGUGUAGAUAAAGGUAUAAUAUCUAAGCUGAACCGUGAAGUCAUUAUUAGGUUAGAUAAACUUCCCUCCUUGAAUAGUAGACUAGUCUGACAGAUAACAAAUCUAAAUGUCUGUUGGACUAGACUACUCUGAAAGGAGGGCAGUAUACUUUACCUUAUUUUAUAAUAACUUCACGGUUUAGCUAACAAGCAAGCCAAUCAAAGAUAUUUGCUAUAUCUACACACUCAAUAGA